UAAAUGGGAGAGGGCGAUACAGAAAUAUGGCGACAUGGCGACUAAUAAGUAAAAACAGUGGAAGCAGUAGAUUUCUGUUUCUCGUUACUGAUAACAGUAGAGCGAUACGAAAGCACGAGAUAACAAUAGUUCCAUAAUGGCAUGAACAUCAUAACUUACGAUUGCGGGGUUAAAACUGGUAGGGUCUUGCGCACCAUCACCCCGUCUCGUUGGAGUAGACGUCGUGCGAUACGGCUACUCCCAUCGGUGUGUCUUGUGCGGUAGAUACGCAGAUCGGUGUAUUGACGGUCUUGUCGACGAACCAUGUAGUCUCGUGACGGCAUGGCAUCGGAGCAGCAAAGACGGUACUGCUGGGUGUGCUUCGCUUCGGAGGACGAGGAUCAGGAAGCAACCUGGGUACAGCCCUGCCGAUGCCGUGGCAGCACGCGCUGGGUGCACCAGGCUUGCUUGCAACGAUGGAUCGACGAAAAACAAGGGGGCCAAAGUGGAGUGCGCGUGACAUGCCCCCAGUGUGGCACGGCUUACGUGCUGCAAUGGCCUCCUGCGGGCGGCGCAGCAGCGUUACUGGAACUCCUUGACGAAGGCGUUGGACGUGCCUGUCCACUGCUCGCUGGUAUCUUACUGCUCGCUUCUUUGUACUGGUCAGCCAUUACAUACGGGGCCCUGACCGUUCUGCAAGUGCUGGGCCCACGCGACGGGUUGCAAUGGCUGGAACAAGGCGAUCCACUCCUGCUGCUUGUCGCGCUUCCAAGCAUACCUGCGGCCCUUCUGUUGGGUCGUGCACUUCCCUGGGACCGAUGUUUGUACAGUUUCCUCCAUCAGCACCCGCUGCCAGGACACCGUCAGGUUGUGGAGCCCGAGCCACCGGGACCUCCAGCUCUGAACGCUGCAACAGGGGCAUCGCGUCUCGUCCUGGGUGCUCUGGCGCUUCCAACAGCUGCAACGCUGGCAGGACGUCUUCUCUUUCGUCGUGUACUGCCAACUGGACUUACUCGUACACUACUCGGCGGACUGGUCUUCGUCGUGCUCAAGGGUGUGCUUCGCGCGUUUUUAGCGAGACAGCGAAGGCAACGUCGUAGUCGCCGUAAGGUACUGGACUUCGACAGUGAAUCCUAGUUCUGAAAGCUGCAUAUUGCGUCACGUUUUCAAGUGCUUCCACUGUUCACACCCUGUUAUACAUUUUAGAAUUUAAGCACUUUGGUCGCGCAAGGUAGCGGCUCAUUACUGACCCAUGUGAUGGUGUUCUAGUUCACGGAUGUAUUUCUAUGCGGACCUUGAGAAACAUUGCAGCCAUUUUAAUAAAUAGCAUCACCAAUA